UAUAUAUUUAUUUCGCGAUGAAAACGCACGCGGUGAAAUUAGUUUUUCUAUUUGCAUGUGUAACCUUAUGUGUAUGUAGUGUUAUGACAACAUGUCUCGUGUGAUAUACAGUCAUAGUUUAGUAAUAUGAUUUUAAAUAUUUAUAAUACAAUACGAUCAAAUUGUGCGGCGUAAAUGGACAAUUAAUUAAAUACAAAAUGCUUUUAAUAACAGUGCAGAGGUUAGUCGCCGGGAGGAUCAACACGUCAAAGCUGCAAUUGUUUACGAAUUCCGUUACCGGCUUUGUAAAUAUCCAAAGUUUCCCCUUUUCUGCAGUGUGUUAUUCAAAAGUUCACUAUGAUUCGUUUGGUGUCAAUGUCGGACAAUACAAUCAGUAUCAUAAGGGCAGUUUUUUGUCCGCAACAGGACAUAAGGGAAUUCAAGAAAAUAUUUCGGCACUUCAAAUGAAAAAACGUUCCCACAGGAAAAAAAAGUCAGCAACAAAAGAUGAUGAGACUCCGGUGCCUGGAUUUUGGAACGUGAAAGGAUGGGCCACUGCAGAAGAAUACGAUUUGGAAAGACUUGUAAUUGGUUUAAAUGAGCAAAAUUUAUAUAAGCCAAGGGAAAUAACUACACCUACAAGAUCUCUACCCUAUGCUAUACAUGCAGUGGCCAAAUAUGAAGUAGGAAAUGAACCAAGAGAAAUUUUUUUUUUUCAAGAGGGCUCUGUUAUUAUGUGGAACAUUUCUGAAUUAGAAGGCAGCAAUGUUUUAUUGUUUUUAAAGCAAUAUGAAGAAAAUAGUUAUUCAAAUUUUUUGGUACAUGCUGAAAGCGAAUUAAUGUCUUACACAUAUGGGGAACCAGGAAAGAAAAAUCAUAUUAAAGAUGGAAUUAUUGUUUUAAAUAAUAAUGCUUCCUACCUAGAAAAAUAUACAUUUUCUAAUGCCAUAUCACAGACAGUGAAGCUUGGCAUUUGGGAAGCAUCAUUAGACCAUUAUGUUAGUUCAAUAGAGUUUGUAACAGAAGACUUAAAAGCUGGAAGACAAAUUAGAAUGAGUCGUGAAGAAGUACUGAGGAAGCAGGGAGAACUCUUUGCUUUGAGGCAUUUAAUUAAUCUAAGUUCAGACUUGCUAGAUACACCUGACUUUUAUUGGGAGAGAGAUGAGCUUGAAGCAUUAUAUCUACAAACUUGUGGAUAUUUCAGUAUCGCGAAACGCACAAGGGUAAUGAAUGAAAAAAUAAAUCACUGCGUCGAAUUGGUGGAACUAUUAUCUUCUCAUCUAAGCGAUCGUCAUCAUGUACGCCUAGAGUGGAUGAUUAUUGUAUUAAUCAUGGUAGAAGUGGGCUUUGAGACAUUACAUUAUAUUGAUCGGUAUCUAGCAAAACAGGAAGUGGAAUACACUAAUGACAAAUUCAUCGCUUGGUGAACCAUUACAGUCAUUAUUGAGGAAAAAUUAAUAAUUACAGAAAGACCAUAAAAUGUCUGAUCUAUAACAGUUUCGACGCCUUGACACGCACAGAACCCUUUGCUUGGUUUGAAUUUUUCCAUUUGUACGAUUGUACAAGCUGUUCUCGAAAUUCAGACUCUAACCUCACGUAAGUCCC